GGCGGACGUGGUGUGGCUCUGUGCACAGCAUCUUCUUGGCAUCGGCCACGGAUCAUCCACAUUCAGUUUGACAACAAUUUCGAAAGUGUAAACACACAAAUAACGGGAUAUUCCAUCGGAAAAAAACAUUUUUGGUAUACGAAGUAGAAAAUGGAAACUCCCGCCGCCGCCGUUCAAAGAUAUCGCAAUAGUUUUUCGAUUGAAAAUAUUCUCUCAAAACCAGUGACAAAUUCAAAUCUUCUUGUCGAAGAUGUAAAAUUGAAAUAUAAUUUAAGUGAAAGAGUUCCCCAUGCAAAUGGUGAUAAAAUUCAUAAUCCUUUAAGUGAUAGUCCAAAUAGUGAAGUGAGAUCUUCUAGUCCUGAAUCCAGUUUCAAUGAGGAUACUUUGGAUGAUGCCAAGAGUGACAUAACAUCAGAGGAUGAUCAUGGUUCAAAUGAUGAUCGUAAGAAACGGCCACGUACAGCAUUUUCGGCAUCACAAAUCAAGGCAUUGGAAACCGAAUUCGAGAGGGGAAAAUAUUUGUCAGUUGCCAAGAGGACGGCCUUGGCAAAGCAGUUGCAUUUGACUGAGACACAGAUCAAAAUUUGGUUUCAAAAUCGCCGUACCAAAUGGAAGCGCAAAUACACUGCAGAUGUUGAGACCUUGGCCUCCCAUUAUUAUGCCCAAUUGGGUAUUGGCGGUUUGGCUCGACCAAUGGUGGUGGGGGAUCGUCUUUGGCUUUUUAGUCAAACACCGGCUGGUCCGGCACCACUACAAUCGAUAAUGUUAAAUGGAGGACCUGCAGCCAAUGUUGCACCGCCCUUGGCAGCAGGGCAACUUCGUGCCUAUCCCACCUCAAAUCUCAUACCACCCGUACCCACACCUAAUGUCAUUGAAAGUGCCCGCAAUGCAAUAUUGGCCAGGGGGCAACCCUUAAAUUAUACUCUUAACCCCUAUCUGGCACAGCGGUCAGCAAAUUCCAAUUCACUGAGUCCCACAUCACGUUACUUAGAUUAUACUGCGGCAACUAGUUCGGGUCUUUAUCAGAGUUCACCUACCUCCAAUGAAGCAUACCUGCAAAUGAAAUAUAAUGUUUUGAAUACGAUCAAUGAACCAGAGGCAGAGACGUCGACUCCAACCUCCAAUGGUUUGGCCGAAUUGGAACGGGUAUUCAGGGAUACCAAUGCAAAUUUCUUGGAGCACAAAGUGAGUGGUGAUAAAAAUGGAAAACCUUCAUCAGAUUUUGGUUACAACGGGCUGGCCCUGACACAACGUGCCAACGGAAAAUCUGCAUCGGGCAAUGACAGCGACUCGGAAUGCAGUGAAAUUGAUUGUGAGCAAAUCGAUGAUGAGUGAGGAAAGUGGGGGAUUUUGUUAAUCAACUUUUAUUUUUAAUUAACUUAAUUAAAUAAGGAAAAUAAAUUUAAGAAAGUGUAGAUUUUGUAAAUG